UUCGUCAGUCGUCAAUGUUUGUUGAAUCGAUAUAAUAUCUUGGAAGUUAUUCAGAAUAUGAUACCUAUUACAUUGUAUAAUUAUUGCCGUUUAACUUUGGUAUGAGCGUUAUGCUCAAGCUUACUUAUAGAUUGUUGUAGUUUUCUCAACUUUAAAAAUGGUAAACCAGUUGGCUGUGCUUUUGUGGAAGCACUUCGUCGUUCGUCGAAGAAGAUUUAUACACACACCGAUUGAGUGGCUCUCCCCUAUAAUAUUCUUUGUCGUACUCUUUGUUUUUCGGAACCAAAUCAACCCAAUUCCAAAACAUGCCCCCGCUUCCAUGGGGGUUCAUUAUACUGAACCUUUGAAUAUUGAAGAAAUUUACCAGCCAGGCAUUGUUUUCUUCACUCCCAUCACAGAUGUCACAUCAAAGUUGAUGGUAGAGGUCGGGAAGAAGCUGAACUUGCCAAAAGGAUCAGGACAACCAAAAGAAAAUAUAAACCGAGGAUACUUUCCAAUAUUAGAUGAUCCAUUCGUGAUAAAAAGAACUGUACAUGGAAUGACAAACUUUGGAGUUGUAAUAUUUGAGAAUAUAAAGGAGGAGGACACUGCUUUGCCGGACAAGCUGAACUACACCAUCCGCAUGUCGCUGCCCUACGACAGCCUGGAGAAUGACAACUCGGAUGCUGUGGGCUUCCACUCGGGUUUCGGCGAGCGGUACGAGCCAUUCGUGCGUCUCCAGUGGGCGGUCGACUCCAGCUUCCUAGAACUGAAAACUAACAAGAACAUUAAACAGCGGGUAUCCCUCCAAGAGUUCCCGUACGCGACCUCCGCGAAGUACCCGAACGUGGAUAUGCUAACGACGCUGCUUAUGUACCUGACGUGGCUGUCGCUGCUGCUGCCCUUCGUGUUCCUGUCCUCGCGCCUGCUCGGCGAGCGCGUCUCCGGCAUACGGGAGAUGAUCUACAUGGUGGGCGUGCCUAGCGGCCUCCUCCAUCUGUCCCACUUCAUCAACGCCGCCCCCGCCGGACUCGUGUUCAGCGUGGUGGGUGCGUCAUUGCUGACGGUUGGGUAUAACCCGCUGCUGCGCUUCACCAACCCUUUCCUGAUAUGGCUGCUGCUGGUGCUGUACUUUAUCAAAGUGAUCGCCAUCGCGUACGUCACGAGCGGCAUGCUUAAGAAGAAUCUAUACGGCGUGACGUUCGCGUGUCUGCUGUACUCGGUGACGCUGAUCGUCGGUCAACUCGUGUUCAACAACGAGAUACCGACGUGGGCGCAGCCGCUCGCCGGCCUCGUGCCGCACGCGCCCAUGAUGUGGUUCUGGCGGAACGUGGGUACGCUGGAGAAGUUCGGCCUGGGUCUCACGUUUUCUAACAUGGCGCGUACGCAAGCUCCGUACACGGCGUCCGCGCUGUCGUGCUACCUGCUCCUGAUGCUGCAGUCGCUGGUGUUCGGUCUGCUCGCCUGGUACCUCGGCCGCGUGAGCCCAGGGCCGUACGGACAGGCGAUGCCAUGGAACUUCUGUUUGCAGCGCGAGUUCUGGGGCAAGAAGGUGGUGCCAGAAGACGCUCUGGAGGAGUCGGAGCCGGCGGAUACGCAGGACCCGCUGUACUUCGAGCCCGCGACGCACAUGCGACAAGAUGGCGGCGGCAUACGCAUCGUUAAUGUUACUAAGGUGUUCCCGAAGCACAAAGCGUUGAGCAACGUCAGUUUGAACAUAGCCAGCGGUGAAAUUACAGUACUGCUGGGUCACAACGGCGCGGGGAAGACUACGCUUAUGUCUAUCAUCACAGGAAUGCUAAGUCCAUCCGAAGGGUCAGUCUACAUAGAGGGUCUCGACGCGUCGCGCGAUCGCGAUGCGGUGCGUAAACAGCUCGGCCUUUGCCCGCAACACAACUUGUUCUUCUCAGACCUCACUGUGCUGGAACACGUCAUGUUCUAUACCCUGCUCAAAGGUCGCUCAUACGGCUCCGCUCGGAAGUCCUCGAUGGCGCUCCUCGAGCAGCUCGGGUUGGGGGGCAAGGCGCACGCCAGCGCCGGGGCGCUGUCCGGUGGCAUGAAGCGGCGGCUGCAGUUGGCGUGCGCGCUGGCGGGCGACGCGCGCGUGCUGGUGCUGGACGAGCCCACCUCCGGCCUCGACGUCGAGACGCGCCGCGGCCUGUGGGACCUGCUGCUGUCUCUCCGUGGUUCGCGCGUGGUGCUUAUCAGCACGCACUUCAUGGAGGAGGCAGACGCGCUCGGCGACCGCGUGGCGGCACUGCAGGCCGGCCGCCUGAAGUGCUUCGCGUCGCCAAUGCAUCUCAAACGCGCACUCGGCACCGGAUACCGCCUAACGUGUCAAACGGUUGGCGAGCCACGCGAGGACGCCAUCACGUCGUUAGUGACGUCACGCGUGGCGGGCGCGACGCUGCGCGAGCGUACGCUUAACAGCGUCUCGUACGCACUGCCAGCGGAGCAAACGCACGCGUUUCCCAAACUGUUUCAAGAGUUGGAGUCGCGAAGAAGCGAGUUGCAGGUGGACACGAUCGGUGUGGGAGCGUCUACUUUAGAAGAGGUGUUCUUGAAGUUAUGCAGUGACGCCGCUGACGUUAGCUUUUUGGACGAAAUUGAUGCUGAUACUGGCCCGUCGGCAACUCCGGAGUACACCGGAAUGAAGUUGUACGCGCGUCAGUUCUGCGCGCUGUUCCUGCGACAUUUCCAGUACAUCGCCGCUCACAAGAUGUCGUUCUUCGUUCUGCAAGUAUUCCUGCCUAUCGGCAUCAUAGUGUCAGUGACGUUCGGCUCCAACAACUACAACGCCAAGCCAACUAACUACAGCGUACCCAUGGAUUUGGACUUCUACAGCAACAUGGACCGCAAGAUCCUGCUCAACGUCGACCCAGCCAGUGUGAAGCUGGUGGAGAGUUGGUACCCUGGUGUGAAAGUGACGCCGUCAAAGAAUGUUACUGAAGACAUAUUGCGGAUCGGCAAGCGUGACAUUAUGGACUAUAACAAGUAUUUGGUCGGUUUGGAAAUCAACGAUACAGAUGCCAAGCUCCUAUACACAACGGUUCGUCACCACGCGGCGCCGGUCGCGGCGAGCCUGCUCGCGAACACACUCGGCGCGGCGCUCGGUGCGGGCGCGAUCACUACCAACAACCAGCCCAUAAAGUCGGAACCCGUAGUCAAUACUUUUCGCUCCAAGGACCUGGAUUCACUGUUCUUGUGGGCGAGCAUGGUCGUUUUUGUUAUGAUGACGACGAUAAUCAACGCGGUAACUCUUCCAUGCAAAGAGCGGGUGAGCGGUGCGCGGCAUCUGCAGGUGCUGGCGGGUGCGCGCGCGCCGCUGCCGUGGCUGGCGGCGCUGGCGGCUCAUACGCUGACGUACAGUACGCUGCUCGCCGCGUCCGUGCUCGUCGCCGCCGCCACCAUCGACACCGACCACACCAUAGAUCAACCCGACUUCCUGGGUGUGCUAUUCCUGUCUCUCCUGGCCGGUAUAAUGGCGUUCCUGGCGCUGUGCUACCUCGUCAGCUUCUGGUUCGGCGAGCGCGGCGCCGGCGGCGUGCUCAUUGCUGCUGUUAUUGUUUUCGGUUUCAUCACCCCCACCGUGUACACUGUGAUGGACCUGAUGCAGACGUUCACGCCGGACGACCCGCGCGGCUGGCUGUACUACGUCGUCAUGACGAUCGGCUACCUCAUGCCGCCGCACCAGUUCACCACCGCCGUGAUGCGGUCCACCUACGUCGCCAGCACCAACGCCGUGGCCGCCCUGCGCCCCCAAUCCGGUGUGGAGGGUACUUGCUACCUGUGCUUCGACGAGUACGCGCCGGGAGCGACCAUACUCAUACUCUUUGGACAUCUUAUUGCUUACAUGACCCUAGUCAUACUCAUGGAAUACGGUGUCUUCGGUGUGGUGAUGGAACGUAUGGCGAGCGCGCGCUACACCGAGCCCGUCACGCGCGACGCCGACGACGUCGUGCGCGGCGAAGCGGAGUACGUGCGGAAAGCUAUCGACCUGCCAAAAGACAAGAUAACGGACGCGCUGCUGGCGUACAACCUGCACAAGAGCUACACCAAGGUGUUGGGCAAGUCCGUCAACGCGGUGAAGGGUGUUAGCUUCUCAGUGAAAAAAGGCGAGGUGUUCGGUCUUCUCGGCGUGAACGGCGCGGGCAAGACCACCAUCUUCAAGAUGCUGACGGGCCUGGAGCGACCGACGCUCGGCCGCGUGUUCGCCGUCGGCCACCACCAGGACCGCGCGCGACACAGAUACCUGCGCGCGCUGGGCUACUGCCCGCAGUUCGGUGGCCUGGACGAGUUCCUCAGCUGCGGCGCGAACCUGCGUCUGCUGCUGGCGCUGCGCGGGCUGUCGCCGACGGCAGCAGCACGCGACGCCGACGCCUGGCUCUCCGGUGUUGGACUGCAACGUUUCGCGUCGCGUCGCGUGUCCGCGCUGUCGGGCGGGUGCGCGCGGCGUCUGGCAGCAGCUGCGGCGCUGUGCGGCGGCGGGCGACUGCUGCUGCUGGACGAGCCGAGCGCCGGCGUCGACGUGUCCGCGCGCCGCUUGCUUUGGGCGGCGCUGCUUCGUGCCGCGGCGCGCGCUGCCGUCGUCGUGUCGUCGCACAGCAUGGACGAGACGGAGGCGUUGUGUGGUCGAAUCGCCAUUGUGGCUGGGGGCAGAGUGCGAGCGCUCGGCAGCGCUGCCGCUCUCCGCGCGCAGCAUGCUGCCGGCUACGCGCUAGUGUUGCGCGUCACGCCGUCUAAAGACGUUGACGAGACGGACAGCAGCGGCGGCGCGGCGGACGUGUCGACACUGAAGAGCAAGCUGCACCAGACAUUCAAUUGUACGCUCAAGGACGAGCACAAGACGAUGCUGCACUACCACAUCGACGAGGCUCUACCGUACAGCGAGCUGUUCGCUCGUCUGGAGAGCGUGCGGGCGAGCUACCCGCUGCUGCAGGACUACGCCGUGGCUGAGACCACGCUGGAGGAGGUCUUCCUCAGCUUCGCACGAGACCAGACCGAUGAUGCUGCGCAGCCCACGCCCGUGUAGACAGUAAGCUCUAAACCACGCCCAUCGGGUUCGUGAUGUCACUAAACCACGCCCAUCUGGCUUGCGAUGUCACUAAACCAGGCCCAUACAGAUAAUAUAGACUAGACGUCACUGAACCAUGCCCGUAUAAAUGACGUCAAUGAUCUGCACUCAUUUAGCUUUUGACGUGAGCCUAAGGGUUAAUUCAGACCGUAACGCGACGCGAAGCAUUUCUAAAUGUGUAUGGAUGUGACAGAGUUAUUGCGUUAUACGUCUUGCUAAUCCGUCAAAUCCACACAAAUUAAGAAAUGCAUCUACGCGUCGCGUUGCGGUCUGAACUGACCCAGGCCCACCUAGUGUGAUGUCAACUUUGGCCUUUUUACGAGUGCCAUAGAAAAGGUUGAUCAGUGAACAAAUAUUAUUAUGAAAAGUCUCGACUAUCUGCCUGUAAAUUGCAUACCAUGCAGCUGAAAAAUGCAGGACAUUGGCAGCUGACAAAACAUUCAUCUAAUUAAUAUGGGUAUUCUAAACUGCCAUAAAUAUUUGAAUAUUGAUGUUACUCCAUGUGUAGGAUAUGGGCGUUAUGUGAUUAUAUUGGUGAUAUAGUUUGAAGAAUCUUGCGUAGAAUAAGGCAUAUUUAGCCUUUGCUUUUCAAUUCACAAAGAGGUUUUGCAUCAACGAAGAAAUUGAUUCGUAGGCAGAUGGCGGACCUAUGUCAUUAAUUGGUCAGGUUAUACUGUAAUCUUCCGGCUGGUUUUGACAAUAGGCAUGACGAAAAAUUUUUUCUCUUGUUGGUAAGUGAUGGACCAUUCAAAAAUAAAAAUAUCGGUUUAAAAUGACUUUGACAGCUUAAAAACUCCAAGAUAUCCAUACAAUA